UCGCUGAGUGAUUCAAAAGCCUUGUCGGUGCUUUGGGCAACGCAGCAGCCGCAAGUGUUUGGCAAAAUGUUACUGCGAGCUGCCCUUCUGCUAUCCAUCGCAUCGGUCGUCUUGGGCCUGGAGCGUUACGUUCCGACCUGGGAAUCCUUGGACAAACGACCGGCGCCUACUUGGUACGACGAAGCCAAGGUGGGAAUUUUCCUCCAUUGGGGUGUGUUUUCGGUGCCCUCUUUCUCAGGAGAAUGGUUCUGGCAGCACUGGAGCUCCGGAAAUGCCGACGCUGUCGAUUUCAUGAAACGAAACUACAGGCCAGGAUUCACUUACGCUGACUUCGCCAAGGAUUUCACGGCGGAAUUCUACAACGCGAGCCGCUGGGCGAAACUCUUCAACGAUGCCGGAGCGAAGUACGUGGUUUUGACUUCGAAGCAUCACGAUGGAUAUACUCUGUGGCCGUCCCCGACGUCAUUCAACUGGAACUCAAUGGACGUGGGACCCAAGAGGGACCUGGUUGGCGAACUCGCGACGGCUGCCCGUGCAGAAGGACUCCAUUUUGGACUCUACCACUCCUUGUACGAAUGGUUCAACCCAUUGUACCUACAGGACAAGAGAAACUUGUUCGAAACUCAGACCUAUGUCGAAAGGAAAGCGAUGCCAGAACUUUACCAGAUCGUUAACGACUACGAACCGGAGAUUAUUUGGUCUGACGGCGAUUGGGAAGCCACUGAUGAGUACUGGAACGCGACUAAUUUCUUGGCGUGGCUCUACAACGAUAGUCCGGUAAGGAAUUCGGUUCUCGUCAACGACCGAUGGGGACUUGGAACCCCUUGCGCACACGGAGACUUCUACAACUGCAAAGACCGAUACAAUCCCGGCACCUUGCAAACUCACAAAUGGGAGAACGCUAUGACCCUCGAUCGGGACUCCUGGGGAUACCGACGAACAAUGUCAUUGGAAGACGUUUUGGACACGCAGGAGUUGUUGACUACUCUCGUGGAAACGGUCAGCUGCAACGGUAACCUGCUCGUGAACGUUGGGCCGAGGAAAGACGGAACCAUCGAGCCCAUUUUCGAGGAACGCUUGCUCGAGAUGGGGGAGUGGCUGAAAGUUAACGGUGAGGCUAUCUAUGAGUCGCGUCCGUGGCUUCAUCAGAACGACACCACGAAUCCUGACGUGUGGUACACGGCUAAAAACCAGGCCGUUUACGCCAUCAUUCUGAAACCGACUGACGUGGUUGAUGUAAGCGGUUUGAAUUCGCGGAGCAUCGGUGCUGUCGUGAGCAUGAAACUUCUAGGAAGCGAUGCGGUUAUCAACUUCACAAUUGAUGAGAGCAGAACCCAGAUCUCGCUACCGAAAAACCGCCCCACCGGAAUUUUGACUGUGAAAGUGACUCCUGCGCAUGGAAUCGAUCUCGAUGAUAUUCAGAUCUCACACAAGUACGUCAAUCACCGCAUGGCUCAAGAAUAGCUGCUUGAUACACUUCAUUGCCGAUAGCCCUGAUUGAUGAACGACGGAUGCUCGAAACAAGCUCAAGAGCUCAGCAUCAGCCGGCGAUGCCUUCAAUACGGAAUAAAUAACUUCUCA